AGCACUGGCUAUUUUUCGUGUUUAUUUGUGGGAGUUGCGAUUAUAACAAAGCUCAUUGUAAAUAUUGGAUGGAUUACAGUAUUAAUUCGUCGCCAAUAAUACAUAUAUAUAUCUACAGGCAAAAGUGAUGCUUUGACGUGCACAGAUAACGACAACGCCACUAUUUGUGUCGAAUGAAAUCUGUAUCAAGGAGAAAUUUUCCACUUACCAAUAAUAUCAGCACCAGUCACUGCUCCGUUUAGUCAUCGAUCAAAAGUCUACUCGUUUCAUGUUGAAUAAAAGCGUUGCAAUUAAUGUAAGUGAUUUGUAAUAAAAAUCUGAAAUAAAGCAGCUGUGGAGUUACUUUUAAUUGGUGAACGGAUCGUUCUUGAGUUAAGGAUAUCAGUAAAAUAUUACAUACUCUGAAUACGAAGAAAAAUCAAUGGAAGAUAUAACACCUCUUACGAAUCUUCAACAGUCAUAAAUACCUAAUUGUUCAGUGAUUAUUUCCUCUAUGAGUUUCCAUUUCUAAAUAUUUCGAAUCAAAGAAAAUACAUAUCCAAUUGUAAAGAAAAAAAUGUCCGAACGUCAACCUCUCUUGCUUCAGUCCGAAACAACUGCAUCGGAAGAACGGCAAGUUCCCCGCCCAGACAUUCGAAACUCUCCAGAUAAUACACUGGUGAAUGUUCAAAGUGAUGAUAGCAUUGGUGUAGACUCAAAUGAGAGUUUAGACAAGUCGUCAUAUAAUCCUUCUUUACAUCGGACAUUGGAGCAUCCGACCUCGAAUUUUGACACCUUAGUGCAUUUGCUGAAGGGUAACAUCGGAACAGGAAUUUUGGCUAUGCCAGAUGCGUUUAAAAAUGCAGGCCUAUAUGUGGGACUAUUUGGAACUCUCAUCAUGGGAGCAAUUUGUACGCAUUGUAUGCACAUGCUCGUGAAAUGCUCUCAUGAGCUUUGCCGAAGGCUUCAACAGCCGUCACUUGAUUUCUCCGAAGUAGCCUUUUGUUCGUUUGAAACGGGACCUAUUGGCUUGCGACGUUACUCCCAUAUUGCGCGACGCAUGAUAACGACAUUCCUUUUUAUAACUCAAAUUGGGUUCUGCUGUGUUUACUUUGUUUUUGUGGCGUUCAAUAUCAAGGAGGUGGUGGAUCAUUAUUUUCCGCACAAUUAUAUAAAUGUGAAAGUCUACCUGGUGCUAAUCUUACUUCCAAUGAUACCAUUAAAUUUAGUGCGCAACCUUAAAUAUUUAACACCUGUUUCCUUGGCUGCUGCAGUGCUCACUGUAUUAGGUCUGGCAUUCUCUUUCUUCUACAUUCUACAAGAUUUACCUGAUACGGAUACUGUAAAGCCGGUUGCAUCAUGGGCUCAGUUACCAUUGUACUUUGGGACGGCUAUUUACGCUUUUGAAGGAAUUGGCGUAGUCUUACCACUUGAAAACAAUAUGAAAAAACCUGAAGAUUUUGGAGGCACAACGGGUGUAUUGAACACUGGAAUGACUGUCGUUGCCUGUCUCUACACCACAGUUGGAUUUUUCGGUUAUUUAAAGUAUGGAGAAAAUGUAAAAGGAAGCAUAACACUUAAUCUACCACCUGAUCAGUUUAUUUCACAGAUGGUGCGCAUUGCCAUGGCCGUAGCAAUUUUCCUGUCAUACACUCUGCAAUUCUACGUGCCUGUUAAUAUUGUUGAGCCUUUCGUUCGCAAUCAAUGCGAAGAGCAACGCACAAAAGAAUUGGCAUCGACAGCGCUGCGGAUUGUAUUGGUUGUAUUUACUUUUCUUUUGGCUGUCUGUAUACCAAAUUUGGGUCCGAUAAUCUCAUUGGUGGGCGCUGUUAGUAGUUCUGCAUUGGCACUGAUUGCUCCGCCAAUUAUUGAUGUAAUCACAUUUUAUCCAGUGGGUUUGGGCAAGUACAACUGGAUAUUAUGGAAAGAUAUGGCGAUUCUAGUAUUUGGCUUGUGCGGUUUUUUCUUUGGCACUUAUGCAAGUUUAGAUCAAAUUCUUAACCCAAGUGCCAAUUAGUGAUAUUUUCCAAGGAACAUUGAAUAGAAAUGAAUCAUUACGGAAUCUGACAUGGUAUAUAGAUAUAGGUAUGUAAGUAAAAUUUCUCGACCAUACAAAGCUCUAAGUGUAUAUGUUUUCAUGGUUUGAGGUUAUAUAUUACUAUACAAACAGUAAAAUGUGCUGAAUUUGCUAAUUACUUUGAGCUGUGAAGUACUAUAUGUAAUUAUUGUAAUUUUUAUUUAAAUUGUUGCUAAAUGUUUAUGAAAUGUUGCCCAAAAAAUAAUUUAGAGUACAGAAUUGCAGAAAAGCACAAACACAGAAAACUUAUUCAACUCAAAUUAUAUAUGCAUAUAAUAUUAACUAUAUUUUUAAAGAGUUAAAGCACCAUUUUUUUCCAGAAAAAAAAUUGGUUAUGUUUGAUUUAGUUUUUUAUUUGACGCUUUGUAUUUUUGUUUGUUUUUUGUUUUUGUAGAAGUUAUGUGUAGAGAAAAUUUUUAGAUUUUUUAGGUGUAAAAUGUAAAGCAAUUACCGAAAAUUUAUUACCCUACAAACACAAAUAGCUAAGAGAGAUGAGAAUAUUGCAUGAAUAUCAUGAAUAUCAUGAAUAUUGCAGUGUACAUUCUUUGCUAUGAACAAUAACAAUUAGAGAGCUAUGUUCCAAAAAUAAGGAAUAAUUACUAAAUAAUAAUUUAUUUUAGAUAACCUUAAUAUUACUAGGUCGUCCUAUCUUUUCUGCUACCUAAACUGUCGCAAACAGAAUUAAAACCUUGUAUAAUGGUAUGUACUGAUUAAAAACCUCGACGCUCUUCUAUUUAAUUAUACUUGUAUUAAAAAUGUUUCGUAAGUAAAAUCAAUCCUUAACUUAAUUUUCGUUAAUGCUCAAUUUUCGUCAAUUGUUCAUUGCAAUUUUUUAAAUUCUCCCAAAAUAAAAUUGGACUUAAGGCCGGUCACAUGGAGAAAAGUUUCCCCCUCUUCUUAGUCAACCUUGUGCUAGUAACUUUUCUGCUUCUUCAGAACACCACUAUGGCCCGGAACUCCGUACAGAUUAACACUGAACUCUCGAAUUGCUGUAAACUCUUCUUUAAAGCACUUUGAGUUUGCCUUUAUCGGCCUAAUUAUCUGCAACGAAUGCUAGUUUUGAAAGAAAAAGUUCCUGCCACGUCAAGAUUCACACUGCGCACAAUAUUAGAGUUGUAAUGCAAUUCUAGUUUGGUUCUUGUUAUCGAGUAAAGUACAUGCAUUUUCAAAGUUCUUCACAUUUUUAACUUAUAUCCCUCCAACUAUCCGGAGCAUAUUACACCACGUAAGUGAGUAUCAGGUGUUAGAAAUCGGAAAGGUCGGUGGUAUUUGGUGGUAGCCUUUCAACCUAUCUAACGUAGUAAAAUAAUUACUACCAUGAAUCCUAUUAAUGUAAUUAGAUAUUAGCGGUAACGGAAAUUUGUGGGGGAUAGUGUUAUCACUCAGUUCCUGAUAAUCAACGCCAUACGAUCUGUUCCACCCUUUUUCUUCGUCAACAAAAUUGCAUUCCUUUGAUAUUAUGUUAUGUUUCUUUGCUUUUAAAAUAUAAAGUUUAAUGCUGGCAUAAUAAUAAAUAUCCCUUUUGUUUUAGUUUUUUUUUUCAGUCAAAAUUUAAUUUUUCGAAAGAAUUUUGAAAUUAUCACAUUUUUUGUUUGAUUUGAUUUAUUACAUUUUUAUAACAAUAAUUGUAUUAAUUAUAAUUUUUAGCUGGGCACUUAUGAUUACGUUUACAUUUCAACUACAUUACAAUACAAUUACCAGUACUUUAAUUGUAAUCUUAAAAUUAAUGAGUUAAUUAAUUAAUGAGUUUGCGGUCUGGAAUAAUUCCGAGAUGUUGUUGUUGUUGUUGUAGCAGCAUAAACAUUCCCCAUACAUAUAUGGGGAAUGCUGCUGAAAUGACAGCCCUUGGACGGAUAUAAAUCCGGCUCGUUCCGUUAACGUAGAACCGACUGUCGUGGGAACGAAUAAUCCCGAGAUACUUUACCUCGAUAGCCAGUGCUAGACCCAGUCCAUUUAGUAAAGGGAGCCUUGAAAGUGGGUAAUUUAUAUUUAUUUGUGAAUGGUACCAUUUCGGUAUUUGUGGGAUGGACACUCUUCCUGUACAUCUAUAGUUUUGUAAAAAAUCGUUCAGAACCUGCUUCCCUGAUGCCACAUCUUCUUGAGUCUGUAUUUUGCAAUCUUAAUAGUACAUAAAUUAUUUACAGUAUGAUUCCAGAGUAGCGGGGGAGGAGACCUCCCCUGAGAAGUACGCCUUGCUACGUGCCUAGUGAUAGUGGUUCCCCCAUAUUUCACAAUCCAAAUGUAGUACUUUGCAAUUAUAUUUUGGUUCCUAAUUCUAAUUUUCUUUAGCAACUUCAAUUAAAUUUCUCUUAACGAGGUACAUAUUGGUACAUAAUACAUAUAUGAUCUAAGCGGGAACGCUUCUACAGGUACUGUACAGAAAGGUGAACUCGCUGUUUGUUAGUAUUAAAUCUGGUGCAAAGUCAGUUUGUUAUGUUAUUACUUCUUCAUUAACAUUUUCACUAAAAAAAGUUCGUUUGGUUUAUCGACUUUUUAAGUUUUUUUAUUCGAAUUUUCACAUUUUUUGUGAACGUCUCUAAAUCUCUAUACUCAAUUUCGACUUCUGCUUUUUUUUGUUCAUUUCCCAAUAGUUGUAAUUUAAAAUACAUAAACGAAAGGAAUUUUCAAAAAAUACUUACUACUUACUUUUUGUCUGGUUUAUUGUAUUUCGUGUGUUUUUUUGUCAAUAGGUCCGUUCACGUAAAAAUUACUGAGUAACUUAAUUUCCGAGAAUUCGAUCUCAACGACAAAAAUAUCAAAAAAGUACAUGAACGCAAAACCAGUAACAAUUUGCAAGUUUUAAGAACAGCUGUUUAAAUUGGUGGCGGGAAAAAUCACAAAAAGUAAAUUUUUUUCAAUUGUGCCCCCUCGUAUUAAAUUUAAAAAAUAAAGCAAAUAAAAUGCCAAAUAACAAGCUUAGCUAGCAUCACAUGAUUUUAUUUUGUCCACAAUAAUUUGUUCUAUUUCAUCAUCGCUGUCAGAUUAUAUUGUGGCAAUUACGGCUUUCUUCCUUGCUUCGGCCUAUGCAUGUAUGUAUAAUAUCGUCCCCUUAGUAUUAAAACAGCCUAUAAAUUUUUUGAUGUUUUGAGAAAAUGAAUUUCAAACUUUUUGUCUCACUCAAAUCUCGUUAUGUCUGUAAAUAUUUAUUAUUUUUUGACUGACGUUCUGACCCACUUUGUGGAACUAGAAUUUGACAAAAUUUUGACCACAUAUAAAAUCGACGAUGGAGAAUCCAAAAAUUCAAUAAAAAAAUAAUAGCCUAUGAGCACAUAGGCUAUUGUUAUACUAAGGGGACGAUAUAUACAGUAGAUUCUGUUUUUAUGCGGUACAAACAUUUCGCAAGAAACAGCAUAAAAAAAGCUACCAGUUCUAUAGUAAAACUAUAGAUAGGUUUCAAAAGUGCUAAGAACCGCAUAAAUCUGAAAUAAUGUAAUAAAAUCGCAUAAAAGAGGGUACUAGUCCCAUAUUAUAACUAUAGAUACGUUCCAUAGACCGCAUGAAUCUGAAAUAAUUAAAUAAAAUCGCAUAAACAAAAAAUUGUAUUUUUGAAAAUUAUAUCUUUAUUUAAGAAACGUCAGAAUCGAAAAAUAAAUUUACAUCGUCAGAAAUAGAAUCAGACAAUAUCCGCAUGUUGCGCAUUCGUUUAGGAUUUGGCGUAAAAUCACUUUCGUCACUUGAGGAAAUGUACACGUCUGAUCUAGAUGGUGAUGCAGGCGGUUCCAUACUUGUAGGGUUAGCAUUUCUGAUGUAAUCUUUGAAGAGUUUUUGCUUAGCUGGUUUACAAUCUUGUUUAUACAAUUCCCGAUAGGUCGACAUGAAUUUUUUAAUUUUUUUAAAAACCGCACUAUUUCAAAACCGCAUAAAAAAACCUGCAUAAAAACAGAAUGUAAUUGUAUAUGUAAGUACAUAUAUUACCAAAUUAGUUAAUAAUCCAGAAGAACAAGCAUAAAACAUAAAAUAUUCCUUCAAUGCUUUCGAUUGUGUUUCGGAAACUGCAACAAUGGUAACUGGAGGCUGUGGUUAAUAAGUACAUACCUCUAUAUCAUUAGCCGAUUCCUAUUUAAUAUAUGACUUCAAAUAAACUUUAUAAAUUUUAUCUAAAAAAUAUUUACUUACAUUAUUCAUUUUAAUCACCAUUUUCAUUUCAAUUCGUGCUUAUUUUUACUUUGCGAACAGCUGUUUUUCUCACUUGCAAACUCUUACAAGUAAAAAUUUAUCCUUCAAAAUGUUAUGUCAUUUUGCUGUCUCAUCUUCCCCUAUAAAAUUGCAUAUUUUGGGUUGUCCUACUCAUCACACAUAUGCAUCUUGAAGCAGCUCAUUUGUGUCCAGGUUAUUAAUCCUCGAUUGAUCUAUGCCUGCGAAUUGUGGUUUUUGGUGAUAUUCCUUUCCUCACAGUCACGCACAGCAGAGACUUGAUUUCCCCCAUACUAAUCUCUUCGUCUAGCUUUUGUUGUUACUUUUUCUGUUAGUCUUGCGCGAUACUGAUUAUAGUUAAUAUAUGUAAAUUCCAGUACAGAGAAUUCCAAAAAUUAAAAACUGUCCAAUGCAGCCUCUCUAUAUAUUUUGUCAAUCUCAUGGCUAUACUAUUACGCAAUUUAAAAAUCGAGUAUCACAUUUAGCAAACGUUAGUGGAUUGAAAUAACCAAUUUAUAAUCAAACCUGAUAUAAAACGCGUCCGUCAGUGAUAACAUUUAAUCAUUACCAACGAAUAAUACCAGUGACUGGUCGAGAUCAGUCUGAAAAAGGGUUUUAAUAACAACAUCCGAGUAGAGUUGGUUAAAAGCUCCUUCUAUAACGAGAAAGAUGCUAGUGUAAAUCCCUUGAAGGCAAGUGAAACAACAAUUUCAUGUCGAACUGUGCCCACCGUCUUGCCGUUAGAGUAUGCGUGAAAUGUGAACGUUCAACACUCUUUCAAAAACUUUGAGAACAAAGGAAUUGAGGUUUAUAGAUUUAAAGUAUUUUGGUUUGUUUUGAUUUGUAGAAAUGUGCAAAAUGCUUACAUUUACUAAUUAUAUAAAAUAGGUUGUAUUAAAGAAAAUUAACAAUACUAUUGUAGUAUUUUAAAUCGUUUUCCACUAAUUUAUGAAUAAACACGGCUAUCAGAACCCAAAUAAUUUAACAAUAGGUCCACCGAACCGUUUAUUAUGGAUAAUGUAAACGGUAAAAUUUAUGAACUUAGAUCACAGAGACAACCUUAGAUGAAUGUGUUUAUGUGUGACAUUCCGGCGCUGACAUUGGCAGCGGGAAUAUUAAGCAUGAAAAUAUUUUUUACCUAAAAUUUUCUUCCAAAAGAAUUAUUUGCUUUCGGAGGCGAUACAAACCUGUAUGACCCACCAUAUAUUGGAAAACAUUAAGACACACAUUAAUUGUAGAAGUUCGCCCUGAACACUAUUUAAGGAUCACUUUAUUAUAUACAUACCUAUAUGUAUUAGUACAUCACGUACUACAUUUUGGAAAAUCGUUAAACGCUUAAAAAAGUAACAAAGUAAAAAAGUAAUGUUAUUAUUAUAUCUAGAGCGAAAUAUAACCGUACUGCCUUAAAUGUAUUCGUUGUAAUCAAAUGUUUUAACAGGCUAUUUUUUAUUCGCUUCUCUCUUUUUAGUUUUUGAUUAAAAGUUGUGUGUAUUAAAUACAUUCCACUGAUUUCUUCGUCAAUUUAUAUUAAUAUAUGGUAUAUAUACUAUAUGCGAUUGUAAUAGGUUUAAUAAGAGUGAAUGUACAAAGUGUAACCCUUGGUACUUUAAAAAGAACUUAAUGACAGAAACCUCGAAAGAUUUACCUAACAAUUCAGUGACACUCACAUUACGCUUCAGUCAAGUUUAAUUCAAAAGUUUUCUAACUCCGGAAUUUCUUGUUGGGUGUGAUUCGGUGGCAUUCUAGAAACAUUUUUCCCCUGAAAAUAAAAAUCGGUGAACGGGCCGUUUGCGAGAAAAAGUCGAUUUUUAGAAUUGGCGACAUAUUUCAUAUGGUCGAAAUUCUCUCGAGCAGCCAAUCGAUUAUAUACUCUAUGUUUGAAGUUGAAAUUGUGGAAAAGAAUCGUCGGACAAAACGUUUUCAAGAUUCUGAGGUGAAAAAGCAUUCAAUACUUGGAGUCAUAUAUUAGGAGUCAUGUCUGUCUUUUAGUAGCUUGAACGCGAUGCUACACUUCAAACGAUAAUCUUCGAGAUAUUGCCAUGACACAUUGAGACGAAUAGGUAAUAUUAAGCUUAAUUAUAUUGAUUGCUGUGAUGCAGGAGCCUAGAAAGGAUGUGAGAAAAAUGUAUGUGCUGCAUACAUUCGCCGAUCUUCGAUAAAAGUUCUUCAGAAACAUCUGUUCUAUAAGUUAUUUCACCUCCUGAAUUUUAUUUAAUGUUAACUCUAUAUAUGUAAUAGCACGUUCCAAUUAUUAGCCAAGUCGUAGGCAAAAUUAUGUAAUGGGGAAUGGAGCAAAACAAAUGGAGGAGCCAACUUUAAAAAGAACUUGUUCAAAAACAUCACAAUACUGGGUGCUUGAAAUUUUAAGUGAUUUUCGAAAAAGUUUCAAUACGUGAUUUGAAACUAGUGUGAAAAAAACACAUAAUAAAUGUCAAUUAUUCAUAGCAUGAAAGCACUAGUUACGAUCUAGUUGUGAGUAUAAUGGCCUUCACAUUUAUUUAAAGAAACAUACUUGCUAUUCCACUUCUUUAACCAAAUUAUUUAGUUUUUAAUAUUUUUGUUAUGUAAUAACAAGUAUUAAUUGUUAAAUGAAAUAUCAUUAAAAAAAACUUCAAACAUAAAAUAUUUUAUAGAUAGGCUAGUCCAUAGAAUUUCAACUAUAUCGAAUACUUCGCCGACACUACUAUUCGAUUUCUCACAUAAAUGGCCCGUUCGGCAAUUUUGAAUUCGAGGGCAAAAUGUUUCUAGGAUGCCGUAUACCAUCACACCCAACAAGAAAUUCCGAAUUUAGAAAACUUUUGAAUUAAACUCGCUUCAAGCACACCGUGAUCACUAAGAAGCAUAAAUGAUACCAGAAAAAAGGUGAGAUAAAACGUUAUGUCUUUCCAUGCUAAACUAAAGCCAGUAUUAUUCAUUUGCUUCGAAUUGAAUUAAAUUAAUUACAAUAAAUAAGCCAAUUGAAUUCUACAGUUUAAUUCGCAUAUUGGGCUUACUUUAACAUUAAUGAUGGUAGCGAAAGAUAUAAAACGUUAUUGUAGGUAUACAUAAAUGUCUAUUCAAUUAUUAUUACUCACAUGUAUUAAUCAAAUAUUAAAAGUUCAAAAAUUUAAUUGAUAAAUUAUUUUGAUUAACCUUUACGCUAUAAUGUUUGAAACGUUUGAAACACACUAUUAAAUGAAGUGUGCUAAGAUUAAGUUUUUUAGGUUUGAUUACAAUAAGAAGUAAACUGAAAAAAUGAAAAAGAAAUGUAAUAAUUUUAAGAUAUAGCUAUUUAAUGUUGAAGAGUUAUGGGAAUCUCAUUAUGAAACUUGCAGAGAUUACUGAACAAAGUCCGAGCUGUUAUUAAAAAAAUAAGAAAAAAAAUCUACGAUGUUUUUAAAAAAUUACCAAAAAUGUUGGAAACAAAAAAAUUUAAUUUUUUCUCAAAUAAUUUUUUUAAAUAUAUAUUAUGUCCCCAAAAGUUAAGAAAUAAUCAUAAGAAUUUUUAAUUUGAAACAAAAUUAAACUUUAAUAAUCUCAAAAUUAAAAAAAAAUUUUAUUUUUCGAGUUUACUUUUUAUUAUAAUCAAGGCCAAUUAAAUAAACCAAUUGUUGCAAUAAUUAACGGCAAUGUCCAAAAUACUAGGAUCCCUCGAGUGCGAGGUAUAUUUAUGUAUGAAUUUAGGUGCACGUAUUACCAAAUAUACUAGCAAAAUAUGAGGCCAAUAACUUUGAACCACACAGCCAAAAAUCUAAUUAUCUAAUUAAGUUGCUUAAAUCAAAAACACAAACUCUACAAACUUUAUUUAGAAAAUUCUAUAAAUACUUUUGAAGUAAAAAACGAUUACAUCUGUCUUUAUUUAAAUUUAUAUAUUGCCAUGUAUAAAGGUCAGAUCCGUAAUUUUAAAAAAUAUAGAAUUAUUGUUCUUGCUUAACCAUAUUGUAAGCCUAAAAGUUAUAGUAAACCAACUUAAUAAUUUCCGUAAAAUUUCGUUUGUUGCAUACGCACGCAGAUUUCGUAUGUUACAUACGUAUAUAAGACAACUGACAAUAACUUAAUCCAAACUAGUAUACCAACUGUGGAGCCAAUGUAUGAUAAUGUAGUUAUAAUUGCUAACAUAAUCUGAGACAAUAAAUUGAACAUAUAAUAAGUACAUAAAUAUACACGUAUAUUGUAAAAAAUUCGAUGUCUACUAUAUAAAUAAAUAUAUUAUUUUCAACGAUAA